CCAAAGACUACCCAGCAAUCAUCUGCCCCUUCUCCUCGAGCACUCAAACGGCAGUUGACCUCAUUUCGCUUUUCACCAGCCUUUCUAUUCUACCUGUCGAUCGGGUACUCCGCCACCAUGUCUCGAAGAUACGAUUCCAGGACAACCAUCUUCUCCCCUGAAGGACGCCUGUACCAGGUCGAGUACGCCCUCGAAGCCAUCUCCCACGCCGGUACCGCCAUUGGCAUUUUGGCAAAAGAUGGCAUCGUGCUGGCCGCCGAGCGCAGAGUCACCUCCAAGCUGCUGGAGCAGGAUACCUCCGCCGAGAAGCUUUACAUCCUCAACGACAACAUGAUUUGUGCCGUAGCAGGAAUGAAUGCCGAUGCCAACAUUCUCAUCAAUUACGCCCGCCAGGCCGCCCAGCGCUAUCUCCUGACAUACAACGAGGACAUUCCCUGCGAGCAGUUAGUCCGGCGGUUGUGCGAUCUAAAGCAGGGUUACACACAACACGGUGGUCUGCGUCCGUUCGGAGUCUCCUUCAUCUACGCGGGCUGGGACCCCCAGCGCCAGUUUCAGCUCUACCAGUCAAACCCGUCCGGCAACUAUGGCGGCUGGAAGGCGACAAGCGUGGGUGCCAAUAACGCAAGUGCGUCGAGUCUAUUGAAGCAGGACUACAAGGAGGACUGCAGCCUGGAUGAGGCAUGUGGCAUCGCUGUCAAGGUUCUCAGCAAGACGAUGGACUCGACCAAGCUGAGUAGUGAGAAGCUUGAGUUCGCGACGGUGGGACAAACCGAGGACGGCAAGAUCUACCACCGGCUAUGGGAUGCGGAUGAGAUCACGGCGCUCCUGAAGAAACAUGACCUGGCGAAAGAGGAGGCUACUGAGGAUCGAUAGGCAGGUUCAUGGCGGCAGAGACGGGCAUCACGAUCGCAGAAUAUUUCAGCGGAAACAAUGCUCAUACAUGAUGCCCCCCCAAUGUACUAAUAGAACAUGGAUGACACCACACCAAGCUACCUGCAUUAAACCAGCAUUAAACCACUUGAUGACAACAACCAAAA